GCAGCCGACACACUCCACACCACUCCAAUUGCUCCUCCUGUCAGAAGCUCAGACUCUGUGUGUGUGAGUGAAGGAGUGUGUUCAGCAGAGAGAGAGAGAACAGUAGAGAGCAUUUGACUGAACCAACCUUACUAAACAGGUGGACUCUGAUGAUGGAUGACUACUCCCUCCCCUUCUGGAUCUAUUUGGCUGUAGUGACUGUUAUUGUAGGUGGGGCCAUGAAGAAGGUCUUAACGUCUCACCUGAGCACCGGUCCCACUCUGGUGGCCUGGCUGGGGGCCACGGUUCUGGUGGAGAGGUUGUGGGCAUUCUGUCUUCCAGCCCUACUCCUGCUGGCUCUGAUCGGACUUGCUUUCUCCCUCUACUCAUGGACCAGAACAGGCCCACCCCCCGUCACCCUGCCCACCGAGGGCAAGGCUGUCUUCAUCACAGGAUGUGAUUCUGGUUUUGGGAACGCAGCGGUGAAACGUUUGGACUCUCUGGGCUUCGAUGUGUUCGCCACCGUGAUGGACCUGACGGGGCACGGGGCCAGAGAUCUGCAGAGAACCUGCUCACCUCAUCUCACCCUCAUGCAGGUGGACAUCACCCAACCCCAGCAGGUGCAGCAGGCGCUGCUGGACACCAGUGCCAAGCUGGGUCACAGAGGUCUGUGGGGUUUGGUUAACAACGCUGGAGUGUGUGUGAACUUUGGCGAUGCAGAGCUGUCACUGAUGUCCACCUUCCGAGGCUGCAUGGAGGUGAACUUCUUUGGCACGCUGAGUGUCACCAAGAGCUUCCUGCCACUUGUGCGACAAGCCAAAGGUCGCAUUCUCACCAUCUCCAGUCCGGCAGGUGACCAGCCGUUCCCAUGCCUGGCAGCAUACGGAGCAUCUAAAGCAGCACUCAACCUUUUCACCAACACUCUGAGACAUGAGCUGGAGCCGUGGGGGGUCCACGUGUCCACUAUCCUACCAUCCUCCUUCAAGACAGGUCACUCCAGUAACCACGUCUACUGGGAGCAGCAGCACAAGCAGGUGCUGAAGAGCCUGUCUCCCUCUCUGCUCGAGGAGUACGGCGAAGACUACAUGACAGAGACCAAGGACUUGUUCCAGAGCUUCGCCAAGCAGGCCAACCCGGACCUGAGCCCGGUCAUCAACACCAUCGUCGAGGCCCUGCUGGCGCCACAGCCACAGGCGCGCUACUACGCCGGCCCUGGAGUUGGCCUCAUGUACUUCAUUCACAGCUACCUCCCCUUCAGCAUCAGCAACCGCUUCCUGCAGAAACUGUUCCUGAAAAAGAAGCUGAUGCCACUGGCCCUGAGGAAGCAAUCGGGUCUAGACCUGGACCCGCCUGACCUUCUCAACAACAACAACAACAACAACAACAAUGAGAAGUAGCAGCAGCUGGGAAGAACAGACUGUAGACCUGCAGAUAGAGAACCACUUCACUCAGACACCUUUACUGUCCUGUUUGUUCUGUAAGUGUCAGGUCUCACCUGGAGAUCAGGGGGAGGAGCUUAGAGGUAGGGAAACAGCCACAGGUACCAGGUGUGCUGCUCAAACACACUUGACUUCAUGUGCCUUUAUCACACAGAGCUGAAAGACUCACAGCAGCUUCUCAUGCCAGAUGGUUCAAAUGUCUGCUGACAGGAAAUCCUCUGACUCACCGUUCAGUCCAAAUAAACCUCCACCAGGUCAACACAGAACCAGGACUCAGGAUGGGCUCUGAUCCAGGACCACAGAACCCUUGUCUGUCCAGAGAAACAUUCAAUCCAUCAGAACUAUGAACCAAAAAAGGUCUCCAGCCUGAUAUGUUUCUCUGCUAUAGGUUCAGGGUGUGUGUCCAGUACAGUCCAGAGCUAGAUUCAGGAGCUUUUAGCUUUUAAAUUGUUUUAGUUUGUGAGUUGUCUAAUGAUGUCAUCAACCAGCUGAUGAUCAACUGAAUUUUCUCUCCUUGUGAAUAUGUGACAUUUUAAACCUCCUCUCGACUGGGCUGUCCAGAGCCCAGGAACAAGCUGCUGCAGAUCCACCCAUCUGCUCUCUGGCACACCUGUGCUCUACAGGUGUUUCUACUGCACAGCAGGAAGCACAGAAAACAAUCAUUUCAAAAUUAAAGCACACAUUGUUUAAUGUGAUAUGCUCGUUUUGAACUUUCAAAACUAAAAGGUUAACCUUAUCAAUUUGUUGUCAGAUGAAACGUUAAUUAUGAUGGGCUUCCUGUUUAGACCAACCUACAAAAUAAAAGUACCAAAAUGUGAACUGCUGCUACGUCACAGAUAAUUUAGCUGAAGUUUGAGACAUUUAAAUAUGAGUUAGUUACUGAAGUAGUAACAUAUUUCUACACACAGAAGGCAUGUGUUUGUGUGAAUAAAUAGAAAUAAUUCGUCUUCAUGAAUUUAUUUCAAUUCAUUUAUUCUUAUUAUGGUUUUGAUUCAGUCAAACUGUGUUUUUGUGUGAAACAAGUAAAACUAAAAGUCUCAGUGUGACGAAUCAUUCAAAUGUUAAAACUGUUUUUUUAUAUAUUGCAUUAUAUGUGAAUUAAAACCGAGAACUUGGAGUUGAUUUUCCAGCUGAAUUUGACAAACUUAAAGUGUAAAAUCUUUCUUCCAUCAUUUUAUAGAGCAGGCCUCAGAUGAUGUAGCAGCUGAAGUGUGUGUGUGUGUGUGUGUGUGUGUGUGUGUGUGUGUGUGUGUGUGUGUGUGUGUAACUGAGGUCUAUAGAAAUGUCUGUUUCAGUUUGAUAUCUGAAUCAAACUUUUUAUGCCAUAUUUUUUCCUUUUAUCACCUAAACUGUGAAUUUUGUAUAAAAGUUGUCACAAAACAUUUAAAUGUCACUUUGUUCAAAGUUUGAUAGAAAUAAAGUUGAAAUUUUCA